AUUUUGUCGUUAAAGACAUUAUUCAAAGCAGUCACAGUCUAACGUCACCUUCUUGUCUUUAAAGACAUACAACGAAUUUACUUCCAACUUCAUGGUAGUUGCCAGUUGCCACCAAAUCAAUCAUUCACCGAAAUUUCCCAUUUCUCAUUUCAAUAAAUCAUCAUAAAACCCCCAUUUUCAACAUUCUUUCAUUUCUUCAAAAUCAAUUCAACAUGCCAAAGCAAUUAGAACCAUGGCAUCACCUUGCCGGAAAAGUUGUCCUUGUCACCGGCGCUUCUGCUGGAAUCGGCCGUGAUUUCUGCCUCGAUCUCGCUCGUGCAGGAUGUUUUGUGAUCGCGGCGGCUCGUCGUGUAGAUCGUUUACAGUCAUUGUGUGAUGAAAUCAAUGGAAAGGAUGGAAGGCUCCGUGCUGUUGCGGUGGAGCUUGAUGUGGCGGCUGAUGGUGGAGCUAUAGAGAAGUAUGUGCAGAAGGCAUGGGAGGCUUUUGGACAUAUUGAUGCGUUGAUCAAUAAUGCUGGUGUUAGAGGAAAUGUGAGUUCACCCUUGGAAUUGACUGAGGAGGAAUGGAACAAUGUGUUUAAAACAAACAUAACAGGUACAUGGUUAGUGUCAAAAUAUGUAUGCAAACUCAUGCGUGAUUCAAAGAGGAAAGGAUCAAUUAUCAAUAUCUCUUCAAUUGCUGGCCUAGAGAGGGGGCAAUUGCCCGGUGGAACUGCAUAUGCUUGUUCAAAGGCUGGCGUCAACAUGCUCACAAAGGUGAUGGCAUUGGAAUUGGGGGCAUACAAAAUCAGAGUGAAUUCAAUAUCACCAGGACUUUUCAAAUCUGAAAUUACUGAAAGUUUGAUGAAGAAAGAUUGGCUAAACAAUGUAGCCAUAAGAACAGUGCCAUUAAGAGAAUGGGGGACUUCAAAUCCAGCAUUAACAUCAAUUGCUCGCUACUUAAUUCAUGAUUCUUCUGAAUAUGUGACAGGAAAUAUAUUUAUUGCUGAUGCUGGUGCUACCUUACCAGGCUUUCCUAUUUAUUCCUCACUAUGAAUACUUGAUAUGAUACACUUUGCAAUGGCAAAAAAUAUAAUGAGUGAAACUUGGUUUCAACAUUUUUUUUUUAACAUGAGUUAAGAUGUUCUCAUGGUUACUAAUCUAUAGGAAAUAUGAUAUUUUUGCUCUUUU